UUCUCUGAGGAAUCUUUAAAAAACAACAACAAAAAAUAGCCCCGCUAGAGGAUUGGUACAAGACACAAAAUCCUCAGGAUGACAUGUAGAAUGUUGAAGUUCAGGUGACCCUAUUGGAUGACAACAGUCUGAGUUGGGUUUAGAGUCUUUCUAAUUAGAUGAUACACCUAAAGAGGUAGACAAGAGGUGACUCAGAAGGCAAAACUGGAUUAGAUAAACCCUAACUCCGAGAAAGGAAACAACAUGUUCUAUCCAACUUUUAUAUAGAUUCUUCCAUAAUUAACAAACUCUGUAAUUGCUCAUGCAUUAAGAUAAACAAUAACAAGGAAAUACCCAUUAACAUGGUGACAACAGCUGGGUAUAAAAGUGGACAUGGAAGAAAGAGACUCCACAUUUGAAAAACUCAGUCUCUUAGAAACCCUCUCAGAACCACCAGCCUCUGACACCAUGGUCAACUCCUGUUGUGGCUCUGUCUGCUCUGAGCAGGGCUGUGGCCAGGAGAGCUGCUGCCAGACCACCUGCUGCCGCCCCAGCUGUGGUGUGUCCAGCUGCAGCCGUCCAGUCUGCUGCCAGACCACCUGCUGUCGCCCCAGCUGUGUUGUGUCCAGCUGCAGCCGUCCAGUCUGCUGCCAGACCACCUGCUGUUGCCCCAGCUGUGGUGUGUCCAGCUGCAGCCGUCCAGUCUGCUGCCAGACCACCUGCCGGCCCAGCUGUGGUGUGUCCAUCUGCAGCCGCCCAGUCUGCUGCCAGACUACCUGCUGCCGCCCCAGCUGUGGUGUGUCCAUCUGCAGCCGCCCUGUCUGUCAGACCACCUGCCGUCCUAGCUGUGGAGUGUCCAGCUGCUGCCGUCCAGUCUGUCAGACCACCUGCUGCCAUACAACUUGCUACCGCCCCAGCUGUGGAUCCUCUUGUUGAACCUUCUAUCUGACACCCAGCCAUGAGCCAGCCAUCAUCAUACCAAUGUGAAAGUGUCAUCCAAAUUAAAUUGACCAUGUCCUGAGUGGCAACAGCUUUAUUAUUUUCUACCAGUCAGAAAUUUGCAAAAGAGCUUCCUUAUAUACAUUAAAACACCACUCAUCUCUGCCAUGGGCCUCUUCCCCAAAUCCAGGCCUCAGAUCCAUGGUGCAGUUACACUUAAGCCCUGGAGAUCCUGACUU